UCACACUUGGAGCCGAGCUUACCUCCUGAUCAUUCGGCGUCUGCGUUGGACCGCUCGUGCCCAGCUGCCGCAUCGUGAAUGCUCGCGCCUCGAGUCCGCCAACCUGUUUUCUUAGUGUCCAGAACGAGGCAAGAUCGGGAAGAGUUUCCAUUAUUUUUACGCAGACGCGUUACAGUCGUAGUUACACGAACGAGGUACGUUAUUAAUGUGAAACGGUGAGAAUCCAUCGUGGAACGUGGACGAUCCGUUGGUCACAUCCAACACCGAUUACCGGAGCUCCAAGCCCCAAGGCUCGUGCUAUUUUUAAUGUUUUGUACACAUUGUGGCUGUAAGCAUGAAUACGCGAAACGAGAUGGCUUUACGAUUUCUGGAUUUACAUGAUUUGAAUGAAGGUGACAAAGAUAACUUAAUGACCAUUCUCAAUUCUGAUAUAAAAACUGUAAAAUUGCCAUGGAAUACAUCAGACAACAAUAACAGCGAUAAUAAUUCUGUCGCGAUGACAGAAGUGCAAAAUGUUGAGCAACAUUCUUGGUACAAUGUGGUGCCAUCCACCUAUUCAGGACAAAUAAUGACGCAAAUGUGCAACGAUUGGCAAGCGCAAAUGUACAAUGUUCCCGCGAACGGUCACGUGCCGUUCAUGUCUGGAAUGGCAUAUCCGCAUCCUGGAUACGAUCUUGGCACUGAGAUCCAGGACGUGAGUUACGGUAGAGAGAAUGGACAUCGCAACGGUCGGCACAGGGGCGGAAGGAGGGACAAUUACAAUCGAACGCUGAAUCCCGCCAACGAGAUGCAGUCGAAAUACAUGGGCGAGCAGGCACAGUUUCAUUCGCAAAUACCGAUCGUAUACUACACGUACACCGAUCAGCAUCCAAUUUCGACGCAACAGCCUCAGGUAGCACCUUCCGGACAGAUCUAUUAUCCAUCCAUGUAUCCAUCACAGAUAUCGAUUUCUCAUCCGCAUCCAAGUGCACACGCGAUACCCUCGUCCCCCCCGCACGCGACGUAUCCCGAGCAUCACCAACCGUUGUCUAUCCCGCCACACAACACGUUUGUGCAACAAUUGCAACCCGUGCCAUCCCAGCAAGAGCAACCGGUAGAGCAACGGACCGUCGAGUCGCGUAGCGAACCUGUACAAAACACACGCACCUCCGACGAGUCGGCCUGCCGGCAAGUGAACGACAGCAGCAGUGGCUCCGCGCAGGCUAGCAUCGUUAAAGUCACGAAUACCGUCACUGUAAAUAACUCGACUCGGCGAGAGUCCACCAUCGAAAACGCGAAGGAAAACACUGCCAUUAGAAAAACUGUGACUAACGAUGAGAAGAAGAAGGCGUCGAGCGACGCGAGGGUACAACACAGCGUUGUGCGAAACACGAGUGAGACUUGCAAUGGGAUGGAGAAACACGAGUUGUGCGUUGAGGUGGAUCAAAAUAUCUGCAAAAAAAUCAAGGAUGAAAACGCGCCCAACGAUAAGACGACUGCCGUAAACGAUUCGCCUAAGUUAGUUCACGGAGCGGGCGAGAGUAAAGCGCAGGUUGAAGACGCCGCUCCGUCGAAAAAUGUCCAAGAUAAGACUGUCAGCGACAUGCCAAACGGUUCCUCCCCGGUCACGCCGAACGCUUCAUCGCCUGUAUCUGCAUGCGAAACACCCAAACCGAAGAGGUCUUACGCCAGUCUCUUGAAGAAGAACUGUUCUGAAGCGCCUUCAUCGUGCAAGACUGCGGCGUGCGCGAGUGAAAAUACCACGAUUCACCAGAACGGAUCGCCAGAGCAGAAGCAGCCGACGAGCGUUGAUACCACGCCAGAAAAGCAAAACGGUUUACCCAGUACGUUAAAUGGCGUGCUACAAAAUUACUAUGACCCUAAUACGUUUAGGAUAGGUGAGUUUUUAUCCAGCUAUCGAAUGGAUAAACACACCGUGAGUUUGAUACCGAGAGGAUUGACGAAUCGUAGCAAUUAUUGUUAUAUUAAUAGUAUUUUGCAAGCGUUGCUCGCUUGCCCGCCGUUUUACAAUCUUCUCAUGGCUAUGCCUGUCCCAAAAAAUUGGAGAAAUGCCCUCACACCCUUGCUUGACAAUAUGAUCAAAUUUGUUCGUGAGUUCGUACCCAUGACCGAGGCUGCCCGCUUGCCCAGGAAAGACAGAGCGAAUAAGCGUGGAGACGACGCAGUGGUAGAUAUACAUAGCGGCGUUGCUUUCGAGCCAUCAUAUGUAUAUACCAUGUUGAAAUAUACUUCCGCCGCUAGUGUCUUUUCUCAAGAUGGGCAGCAAGAUGCCGAAGAGUUUCUAUCUUGUUUAUUAAAUGGCAUCAACGACGAGAUGUUGGAGCUCAUGAGACUGGUCAAUAAUGAGGGAGCAGAGAACAAUGUCAGUAACGAUCGUAAUGACCGUAAUAACCACAAUGACCAUAAUGAGGAAGAGUGGCAGGUAAUGGGACCAAAAAAUAAGGGCGCUGCCACACGAUCCACGGAGUUGGAGAGAACUCCGCUGUCCGACAUAUUCCGGGGUCAACUGCGAUCCAGAAUAUCGCGGGCGGGAGAGCAGCCAACGGAAAAUAUACAGCCGUUUUUCACGCUGCAACUCGAUGUUCACAAAGCUGAGUCCGUGCGAAGUGCCUUCGAACUUCUCGUUGGAAAAGAUCAACUGGAGGGGAUGAGGUGCAGCAAAACCAGAAAACAGAUUGAAGCGUGGAAGCAGGUCACGCUGGAAGAGCUGCCCGUCGUCCUCAUCCUCCAUCUGAAAUGGUUUGUCUACAAGUUCGAUAGAUAUUCCAACGGAUGUUCCAAGAUACUUAAGAGCAUGGAAUUCCCCGUAGACCUAAAGAUCGAUGGAAAAUGCCUAUCUCCAAACACAAUGAAGAAGCUAAGUCCCAGGCAAAAGCAGUACAAAUUAUUUGCGGUGACUUAUCACGACGGCAAGGAGACGACCAAGGGCCACUACGUCACGGACGCCUUCCACGUAGGGUACGGGUCCUGGAUACGAUACGACGACAGCUCGGUGAAGUGCGUUUCGGAGAGCAACGUACUGAAGCCGGUAUCGCCAAGAGUACCCUACCUGCUUUAUUACAGAAGGUGCGACACCAUCGGUAAUAAUCAGUCGAAUGGCCCGCGUAUAGGCGCUUAAGAAUUUGUACGAAACUGUAUAUAUUAUAAUAUUAUAAAUAGUUAGAUAAUAGAUUUUACUUGUACAUAUGGGACUUAGAGUAUCUUUUUACAGUUUAAAAGUUUCUUGUUGAUAUAUAUACAUAUAUAUUUAUAUUUAAAUAAAAGUAUAAAUACGAAAACCGUUUAUAUUAUCCAUAGCGCGAGAGAAAGCGUAGAUCAGCAUCUUACAACUUCCUGUACUUCCAUAAAAUUUCGAUUAACAUUGUUGUUCCGAGAUAGAAAUUUUCUGAAAAAAAGAAAAGAAACAUGACGAAACAUUAAAAUUCGUCCGAGGUUCCGAUAUGGGGAUUCACAGUUUUUAGUGGAUCUAACAAGCGUUGUAUAUCAAAUGCUUUAUACGUUACAGUUUGUGAGAUGAUAAACGAGGCGCUUGUACAUACAUAUAUAGCUAUUUACAUAGUAUGUAUAUAUAUAUUCUUCUUUCUCUAAGAUUAUAUUGUAAAUGUUACUGGUUUUUCAAUUUAUUCGAAGAAUCGAGCAAAAGUGUAAGAAAGAUUUUUGAAAUUUAUGACGACGUGUGUGUGUGUGUGUGUGUGUGUAAAGUAAGAGCAGACGUUGUAUAUGUAAUACAUAGGUUAUUUUUUAUAUGAUCUUCCUGUACAGUAGAAAUCGAUUUCAACUUGCCAGACAUUCUCCAUAACAUGUAUUAAUCAUUUUCGUAUUCAGCGGUUUCAGUGUAUAUAACGCGAAUCAUGUGCAUGCAUUUUGUUUCAUUAUAUAUUUCUAUGGAUAUUUUCUUCUGUAUCCCCAUCAAACACAUUAUUUAAAUUCAUCUCACUGAUUAAGCAAUAGUUGGCAAGACAAAGAACUGAAAUAUUGUCAGAAAAAUUAUAUAUAUGUACGAUUGCCGAACGUUUUGUAUUUAAUUUUCUGUGUAAUAUCCAUGCGCAUUGAUUCUUGAAACCUAGUGUGUUCAGCAAAGUUCGUUUAUUAUUGCGUUCGAAAAUGUUUCAGAAAUGCAUUUUGUGUAACUUUGAAAAUCCAACUAAUUGUUUGCUGCGAUUGCGUACGAUUGAAUUGUGCGACGGAAAUUUUACUGCUAAACAACCUUUCGUG